AUGAGGCACUUUGACGCCUGGAUCCUACGCGAUCCCUACUCAAUAUGGCACUACUAUUCCACCGGCCGACGCUGGCAAGAAUCAGUCCGCGAUAUGAUUCAAUCCCGCCAAAUCUGCGCUCCUCCGGUUGACUUGGACGUCGACAGUAGUAAUAAGCAACCAGUCAGCCCUUUAGCACGCAGCAUCUCAUCCCAACCAAACUGCGGCAAACUUCCACCCGAGAUCCGUCUCAUGAUUUAUGGGCAUAUAUUUGGCGACGAAGCGGUGCAUUUGGUGCAACUCAAGGGCAAGAUUCGUCACGUGCGAUGCUGCAAACACAAAUCCGCUUCUGAUAUCCCGAGUCAUCGACGGUGUUGUCCUGAGACGAUGGCUCGAUGGCGCUCUUCUUCUGCUGGGGCAGGGAGUGACAGUCGUCUCUACCCCCAUACACACAAGUCCCUACUCGGCAAACUAAGCAAUUCAUCCCCCUCACUUCUCCAGACAUGUCGCGCCAUCUACCUCGAAGCAGCAGACAUGCCCUAUUCAACACUUUCCUUUGACGUAGACGAUCUACACACAUUCGUCGCGUUCUCACUCACAAUCUCACCAGAGCAUCUGGCACGUAUCAAGCGGUUAACAGUUCAAUGGACUCCCAUAUGGCAACCCAUGACCAGCGACUCUUCCUCUUCUUCUGCUGGUAGCAACAAAUCAUCAAUCUACUCACAUACCCACAAUGACCAUAUAUGGAAACUAUUCUGGUCCCGCGUGCAAGCGCUCGAAGGUUUGGAGACGUUGUAUCUCAAUCUUGAUCUGGGUCGGUUUAUGGGUAACGCCAUGAACACUGUCCCCGAUGCACCCGGUGGUGUACUGCUCGGAGGCGCGAAUAAUCAGAAAAUCAGUCUGGAUGUUGCCGAGCCAUGGCUUCAGCCGUUAAAGGCAGUGCGGGGAUUGAAGAAUUUUGAUCUGUGUGUUUCUGCGCGCUGUGAUGCGUCGGCCCGGAAUAUGUUGGUGGCACAGAUUGGUGCUGAGGCGGUGGUGCUCAGGGAUUGUCUCAGGGAGGUUAUGUGUUUACCGCGAGAGCCAUCGACAACUAGAUCUGUUGUUCCGGUGUCGUUUCUACGAGAUACUGCAGCAUCACGCGGGAUGCAUGAAUACCCUUCGAACAGGAAUGUGCAACGGCCGCAACGGAUGAUUACGGCUGCAUAA